AACCUGAACCAAACACUCCUUACGUUUCUUACCUUUUUCCUGCUCAAUUCUCACCAUAUUUUUGUUAUAAAUUCAAAUCACAUAAAAUAAACAAACCACUCCAUUGCUCCCUCCGCCUCUAUCUCUCGAUAAACUGCCGUUGUUCUCCGCCACCCUCCGCCGAUCACCUUUCUGUUUCUACCUCCAGCGUCUAUCUCUCAUCUUACGAUUCGGAUUGAAGACGAGAUAGUUAUUGUCCUUCUUAUCUUCAUAGCUCAGAUCCAGAUCGUUAAUAUUGACAAACAUGUUACAAAAAUGGCGUGGUCAGAACCAACAUGAAGCUGAACCUUUGGAUCAUGAAAAAAUGAUUAAAGAGCUUAGGGUUGCUAUUGGGCCCCUCUCUGGGCAUGCAUCGAAAUUCUGUACGGAUGCAUGCUUAAGAAGGUAUCUGGUAGCUCGAGGUUGGAAUCUUGAAAAAGCUAAAAAGAUGUUACAGGACACACUCGAAUGGAGAUCAAAUUAUAAACCUCAUGAAAUUCGUUGGGAACAAGUAGAAGAAGAAGGUAAAACAGGUAAAGUCUCGAGAGCUAAUUUUGUUGAUCGUUUUGGAAGGCCUGUUCUCAUCAUGAGACCUGGGAAGCAGAAUACGAAAACGGGUGAGGGUAAUGUGCGUCAUUUGGUGUAUCUGAUAGAGAACGCGAUUUUAAACCUUCCGGAAGGUCAAGAACAAAUGUCUUGGUUGAUUGAUUUCACUGGAUAUUCGAUGAAUGCAACGAAUAUCCAGCCGAAAACAGCUCGAGAUAUCAUAAACGUGACACAAUCUCAUUACCCCGAGAGACUUGCCAUUAUUGUCCUUUAUAAUCCUCCAAAAAUAUUCCAAGCAUUAUUUAAGGUAAUAAGUUACUUCAUAGACCCGAAAACAUAUUUGAAGAUAAAAUUUGUUUAUCCAAACGACAAAGAAAGUAUCGAGAUUAUGAAGUCGUAUUUUGAUACCGAUAAUCUUCCACGUGAGUUUGGGGGAAAAGCUAACUUCAAUUUAAAUUAUGACCAUGAAGAGUUUUCUAAAUUGAUGGUUGAAGAUGAUAUAAAAAAGGCCAAGUUUUGGGAGUCGGAUAAUAAUGAUACCAAUGGACAUUCCGAAACUACAAGUUAAGUUAUAGAGGAAACAAACCAAAUGUAUAAUGGUUGGUUAUUAAUAUAUGUAACAAAUUAUUUACAUAUGGUAACAUGUAACUAAGAGUAACAUAUAUUUUUAUAUGUAACUUGAAUUGCCGAUUAGUUACAUGUGUUAAUAUGUAACUGAUCAAUUUUAUUAGAUAUCAUGAUAUGAUUAAAAUAAAUGUAUGCUUAUUUAUUUUUUUAGGUAACG